AUGGAGAGCCAUCUAUUCCCAUAUCGAUGGAAGUGUGUCUUCGUGGACAGAUUCAGAUGUCAUGGUGAUCCGCAAAAACUAUCCGCUAUGAUCUGUCCAAUACAAGGUUCUUCGGCUUCAAUUCAACCGCUGUGCCUGGCAUGUCGCGGCAUCAGUCGUCUCGACACCGUCUCAUCAAUGGAAUAUUUCCCACCAUGCAGACCGAAGAUGACUGAAAAGAGCCAUACCGGUGCUUUGAUCAGGCGAACUGACCUUCGAUGGACAUAUGUAUAUAUUCUUUCGCUGCCAAUCAGAGAUAUGUCGGACUGA